AUGGACCAUGAUGAUCACCAGCACCAUCCAGGAUGCUAUGUACCGGAGCCGCGGCGUGCAUUUGUAGCCGAUAGCUUGGCUGCACUUACUCAGCACAUUAUCUAUACCACCGUACUGCCGAUCGUUUGCACAGCCGGUAUAUUUGCCGCCCUAAUAUGUGUUAUCAUUUUUACGCGUCCGCAAAUGCGCUCAUCACUGAAUAUUUACCUGGCCGGAUUAUCGUUUUUCGAUCUCAUCCUGCUGCUCGUUUCACUCCUCAUCUAUCCACCCAUGCAAAUUUGCUUACAGAACAAUGAAAUGCCGGCACUUUUUAGCCUCAUUUUAACAAAAUUGAUUGAGCGAGAACGUUAA